UAGCUUCAGUUGAAGCUCAGCCGUCGGAGUGUACUGAACGUAUGCAGAAAUGCUGUCGCUUGUCUCGCGCAUAAAUCGUGUUCGUUCGUAACGGUGAAUUCGGCAAAACGACGCAAAUCGAAGACACAAUAAAAUUACAAUUAUCAAAGCGUUUGUUGAAUAAAAGCAAAACUCAUAUUCAGGUUAAACAAAUAUCGCCAAACCAAUUACCAUUGCAGUGCAUUAACGGUAAAUCUCGCAAAUGUAUGUGCGUAAAGCAAGCAGGGGCAUAUCUUGAUGUAGUUACAGUUAGAGAAUGAGUGAGGCGAGUGUUCAGAAUUUUGUUUACAGUAAUACUAAAGUGAAGUGAAGUAAACCCACUCGACUCUAGGCAACUUUCGUCACUUGCUUUAAUUGUUGUGCUCUGUUCUAUAUUUUUGGCAUAUAUUAAAAGCGUAUCAGCAACAACAACAACAACAACUCGAUCUGUGUUUCUGCGUGAGUGCAAGUGAGUGUGUCUUGUUCUAGCUGUAGUUCCGGUUUAACUCCUUGGUCACGUGGCCAAAAAGUUUGAGCCAUGUUUUGUGAACGGCCAAACCACUGCUGCCCUUGUGCGUGACACAGUCCAGCAACAAUAAUAACAACAAUAAACAACCGCAAUAGCAGCAGCAGCAGCAGCAGCAGCAACAGCAACAGCAACAGCAACAGCAACAGCAACAGCAAGAACAACAAUAACAGCAGAAACUACUCAAGGAUUAUCAGUUCGCCAGGCCAAAACUCAAUUUGUUGGCCAGCUGCUGGCAGCGCGGCGCGAGUCGAAAUGCGCUACCACUAGGCACAGGAGCUGUAGUUGUUGCAGCAGGUGGAAGCCGACAGAGAAGGAGAGUGUGAGAGAGAGGGAGAGCAGCAUAAACUGGCAAGCAGACGGGCCAAAACUGCAGCUGUGACUGGCAAAAUCUGCAAACCAAAUCCAACUUAAGUCACAUCAAAUUAAAAUCAACAAGCGUUCCACAUAGCAAGCGUCCUCCAAAAAAAAAAAAAAAAAAAAAAAAAAAAAAAGCCAAGAACAAGAAAAGCUAACUGCAGCUUUUGGCCAAAGGAAAUUACACACACAGAAAAAAAAGGAGGAAGCGAAGAAAGUGCAGAAAGAAAAUAGGAGCAGCGCAUGAAAAUGAAGUGCAAUAAAAGUCAAAUGGCCACGUUAACAAUGUGGAAAAUUUUUAUGGCUCUGCUGGCUGUGGCUACGGCGUUCGUAAUGCCGCUCACAUUAGCGCACCAGCACUCGAUGCUUGGCGGCGGCGGCGGCGGCGGAGGAUCUGCAGGAGGCGGCUCGGCCGCUGGCCACGGCGCUGGCAUGGGCAUGACCAUGGGCAUGGGCUCUGGACUUGGGAAGGAAGCACACGUGAAAACGAAGGACAUUGAUGCCGUCGAGGGCAAAUCUGUGUCGCUGCCCUGCCCCAUUGCCGAGCCCCUGCAUGAUGUUUAUAUGGUCUUAUGGUUUCGUGAUAAUGCGGGCAUACCUCUAUAUAGCUUCGAUGUGCGCGAUACCAUGGCCAUUGAGCAGCCCAGACAUUGGUCAGCUCCGGAGGUGUUUGGCUCUCGUGCCAAAUUUCAUUUUGACUCGCAGCCAGCUACAUUGGAAAUUAAGGAUAUCAAAAGGCAUGAUCAAGGCAUUUACCGUUGUCGUGUCGAUUUUCGCACAGCUCAAACACAGAGCUUCCGUUUCAAUUUGUCUGUCAUAAUACUUCCGGAGCAGCCCAUCAUACUGGACCGUUGGGGUCGUCAACUGAAUGGCACACAAUUGGGUCCCAAGCAGGAGGGCGAUGAUAUUGUUAUCACUUGUCGUGUGGUGGGCGGUCGACCGCAACCACAGGUCCGCUGGCUCGUAAAUGGACUACUUGUCGACAAUCAAAACGAGCACAAUUCCGGCGAUGUUAUCGAGAAUCGACUGUUGUGGCCAUCGGUGCAGCGGAACGAUUUGAAUUCCGUAUUCACAUGUCAGGCAUUGAAUACGCAAUUAGAUAAGCCCAAGGAAAAGAGCUUCAUACUGGACAUGCACUUGAAACCAUUAACCGUUAAAAUUCUGGAUCCGCCCAGUUCAAUGAUUGCCGAUCGACGGUAUGAAGUCACCUGUGAAUCGUCCGGUUCACGUCCGAAUGCCAUCAUCACCUGGUACAAGGGAAAACGUCAAUUGCGACGCACAAAGGACGACAUAUCAAAGAACUCGACACGCUCCGAGCUGAGCUUUGUGCCCACCACAGACGACGAUGGCAAAUCGAUAACAUGCCGUGCGGAAAAUCCAAAUGUGAACGGCCUCUAUUUGGAGACCAUGUGGAAAUUGAAUGUCGUUUAUCCUCCAUUGGUGACGCUGCGCCUGGGCUCCACGCUGACACCGGAUGAUAUCAAGGAAGGCGACGAUGUUUACUUCGAGUGUCACGUACAAUCGAAUCCUCAAUGGCGGAAACUGUUGUGGUUACAUAAUGGCAUUCACUUGGAACACAAUACCUCGGCUCGCGUCAUACGCUCCAAUCAGAGCCUGGUGCUGCAGAAGAUAACGAAACACUAUGCCGGAAAUUAUGCGUGCAGCGCCAUCAACGACGAAGGCGAAACGGUCAGCAAUCAGUUGCCGCUGCGCGUUAAAUAUACACCUGUUUGCAAGCACACGGAUCGCGUUAUACUAAUUGGUGCCUCCAAGGAUGAGACUGUUGAGGUUGUAUGCGAGAUACAAGCGGAUCCACCGCCACGAACAUUUCGCUGGAAAUUUAACAACUCAGGCGAAACUCUGGACGUGGGCAGUGAACGAUUCAGUGUGAAUGGAAGCCGCAGCAUUUUAAAGUACACUCCGGUUACAGAUCAGGACUAUGGUACACUGUCCUGCUGGGCAGCUAACGAAGUGGGAACACAGCAGCAUCCCUGUCUCUUUCAAGUUGUUUUAGCAGCUCUGCCAAAUGGCGUCAGCAAUUGCAGCAUCUUCAAUCGCACCGAACUGAGUGUUGACAUACAAUGCAUACCCGGCUACGAUGGCGGCCUGCCGCAAAUAUUUGUGCUCGAAAUGUUUUCAACACGCACCGGCAUUACCAGAUUCAAUCUGAGCAACGCGGAGGAGGCGCUCUUCUCGCUGGAGAAUCUGGACACGCUCACCUCGAUGAUGAUGCAGGAGAACAACUCGUUGAGGCUGCGCAUUUAUUCCUACAAUCAAAAAGGACGCAGUGCAGCAUAUCUGUUGCCCGAUUUCAUAAUUGGUUCAACGGCUUACAAGACAGACGACGAUGUGACGCUAACGCUGUCGCCGGUGAUUGUUGGCAGCGUUCUAACCAUCAUAAUUAUUGGGGUGGCCAUCGCGAUACGCAUCUUUGUGGUUACAUUCGUGCACAAUCUGCGACGCAAUCGCCAGCACGGCAACAAGGCGACGGCAGCGGGCGUGGUCACCCAAGCGGGCGACGUCUUCAAGAGCAACAACCUGGAGAAGCCACGCUGGCAGCACACGGACAUCAAAACGAAAUCAUCUGAGGAUUUGGUCGAGGAUGAACGUGAUCCAGAUGUUAUACCCUCACAAUAUGUUGGCGGCAGCAGCGCCGGCAGCAGCGGCAGCAAUGCCUCCAAUGUCGGCAGCACCACAGCCACCGGCACCGCCACCGGCAGCAGCACAUCGACAGCGGUGGCUGCUGCUGUCCCUGCAGCCGACCGCGAUGCGCAUCAGUUUGCGGCGACAACAGCCUCAGCUACAGCAUCUGCAUCAGCAUCAGCAACAGCAGCAGCGGCAGCAGCUGCAACGCCAUCGGCUGCUGGACUCGUUGGCAGCAUUUCCAAAUGGUCACCCAAUGGCAAUGCGCCGGCCAUGACGACGACUACAGCGCUGUCCAGUGAUCCGGCGAAUCCGCCGGUCACCUACAACCAGAUCAAUGCACAGCGAGCGCAGCUGCUGGCCGCCGUCGCAGCGGUGGGAGGGGGCUGCAGCAGCACCGUCAUCUCGCCCAGCAGCAGCAUGAUGGGCAGCCUGGGCAUGGGCAUGGGGAUGGGCAUGAGUGGCGGUGGCGGGAAGCCAUUGACACUGGGCAUGGGUGGCACCAUCAUUGGAUCGCCCACAUCGCUGUCCUCAACUGCGACGCUGGCAGCGCAUUUGCAGCCGGCGCACAGCAGCGGCGUGGGCACUCUGCCGCCCGGCCUGGGCAGCGGCGGUGGGUAUAUACUGAAUGCCUAUGCCAGUGGCAGGCUGCAGCAUACGCAGGGUCACACGGCCACCUUGAAUCGCCAUCAUCAUCAUCAGCAACAGCAGCAGCAGCAGCAGCAACAUCAUCAUCAUCAGCAACAUCAUCAGCCGGGCUCCGGUUCCAGUUUGCUGCUGGGCAGCGUGGGCAGCGUUAUGGGCGUGGGCGUGACCUCGACAACAACCACCUCGUGCAACUCGUCACAGGAUUUGGAUGACAACAUCAACAUAAAUGCGAUUAAGGAUUGCCUCAUGACGCAACGUGUGCCCGAGAGCUGCGUCUAAGUCGUCUAGACGCAAAAUCUACGACUAUGGCGAAGCAGACGUAAGCAGCUAGACCUAAACCUAGACUAGAUAGUCAGCUAAUCGUGUUAAUCAUAUACAUAUACAUAUACACUGAUAGAUAUAUAUGUAUAUACGUGUGUAAGUAGUUCUAUGUAUAUAUGAAUAUGUUAUAGUUCUGUUCUCGUUAAGGUGCUGUGCAUAGCUAAGUUCUAUUCUAUUAUGACCAUCUGGCCUAUCUUCCGCAUAGAUUUCGAGGCAUAUCCUUUUCCAAUAUCAAAAGAGAAAUAUCGAUAGGCGCAUAUCCAAAGAUUAGUUAUUGAAUCAUAUCAAUGUAUGUAUAUGUAUAUCUGUAUAUUUGAGAAUAUAAAUGCGACUCAGUCAAUAAAUCGAAAAUUUAUCGAUACCAUAUCGAUUAAAGGAUAUCAUUUAAAACAAAUAAACUGAAAAUUCUCUACAUUUACAUUACCAGGAAAAAAAAGUGUAGAAAAGAAAAAUAGAAAACUAUAAAUAAAAAUCAGUAAAAAUUAAAAUUAAAAUUAAGGCAACUUCUAAAAGACUCUGAAACUUAGUAGAAAAAUUUUAUUUGUAGCAAAAAUGUUCCCAGCAAAAAAAAAAAAAAAAAAAAAUUUGAAGAAAUUGGAGUUAGAAAUAUUACGAUUAAGUCAACUUGUAAAUAAAUAACCUCUUGCAUAGUCAAAUACUUGUAUAAAGCAAACAUUUAUUUAGACUACGAUUUUUGUUGUAUUUGUAUGUAUAUUUAGAUAUGGCCAACAGCUAACUGUAAAGGCAGUUCGAUUCGGUGUGAGUGUACCCGUUUAUGAAAUCGGGAAUGUCCUGCAUAGUAAAAGUAAAUCUAUAUAUAUAUAGAAAAG